GUUGGCUUCCUGAGUAUAAUAUUAAUACUUUGGAGCGUUCGGGAGUGGAAGGGACCCGCGUUCCGCUCACUCUUCCGCUCGGCGCUAUCCUCGCGGUGGGCCCCGCAGGCCUGUGCGGCCCCUUUCAGAGCCUCCCGGGUCGGACGCGUGAGGUCGAGGCUCUCCUUCGUCUCCGCGGACCGCUCUCCAUCCGCGCUCCGGCCACAAGCCAUGGCUAAGCAGUUGCUUCGGGGCGGCUUGACCCUGGCGCUGGGCGCAGGACUGGGUGCAGCCGCCGAGGGCUGGCGGCGACGGGCGGCGCCGGGGCUGCUGAGCCGGCUGCCCGUGCUUCCUGUGGCGGCGGCGGCCGGGCUUCCAGCCGUGCCCGGGGCUCCGACGGGCGGCAGCCCCGGCGAGCUGGCGAAGUACGGGCUGCCCGGGAUGGCGCAGCUCAAGAGCCGUGAGUCGUACAUGCUGUGUUACGACCCGCGCACCCGCGGCGCGCUCUGGGUGGUCGAGCAGCUGCGGCCUGAGAAUCUCCGCGGCGACGGCGACCGCCGCUCCUGCAACUUCCACGAGGACGACUCGGUGCAUGCGUAUCACCGCGCCACCAACGCCGACUACGGGGGCAGCGGCUUCGACCGCGGCCAUCUCGCCGCCGCCGGCAACCACCGCUGGAGCCAGAAGGCCAUGAACGACACCUUCUACCUGAGCAACAUCGCGCCCCAGGUGCCCCAGUUCAACCAGAAUGCCUGGAACAACCUGGAAAAGUACAGCCGCAGCCUGACCCGCACCUACCAAAAUGUCUAUGUCUGCACGGGGCCUCUCUUCCUGCCCAGGACGGAGGCUGAUGGGAAGUCCUAUGUGAAGUACCAGGUAAUUGGCAAGAACCACGUGGCAGUGCCCACCCACUUCUUCAAAGUGCUGAUCCUGGAGGCAGCAGGCGGGCAGAUCGAACUCCGCUCCUAUGUGAUGCCCAACGCGCCUGUGGAUGAGUCAGUCCCGCUGGAGCGCUUCCUGGUGCCCAUCGAGAGCAUUGAGCGGGCCUCAGGGCUGCUCUUUGUGCCAAAUAUCCUGGCACGGACAGGCAGCCUUAAGGCCAUCACUGCAGGCAGCAAGUAAGGGCAGCCCCAGCCAGACUGUGGGGUCGGGGGGACUGGGUCAAAUUAAAGGUGUUCAUUUUUGGA